CCGGGUUUCCUCCCCGCCGCCGCUGCCGCCGCCGCAGACCGGCUCCCGGCUCGGCUUGGCGCGGCGCGGCUCGGCCCGCUCGGCCCCCGCCAUGUCGCAGGUGCUGCCCUACGGCGAGGACAAGGUGGGUCGCUACGGCGCCGAGCCCGAGGCGGGGGAGCUCCCCUUCAGCUGUCGCCUGCAGGACACCAACGCCUUCUUCGGGGGCAACCAGAGCAAGCGGCCCCCCAAGCUGGGACAGAUCGGCCGCGCCAAGAGAGUGGUGAUCGAGGAUGACCGGAUAGACGAGGUGCUCAAGGGCAUGACGGAGAAGUCGCCGCCGGGGGUGUAAGCCGGGCCCCCCUGCCGCUGCCAGGACCCGCAGGCCGUGCCCUGCUUCCAGACCGCCCGGCCCUGCAUGCUGGCUGGACCGCCGACCAGGACAGGGGGGGACACAUGCCCGUCUCCCCCCCAACCCCGGCCCGGGGGGGGGCUCUGCAGCCACCACCACCACCCCCCCCCCCGAGCCAUGCACUUUACCCCUCCGCCACCCUCGGGGCUGGGACAACCCGCCGAGCCCUCCAACCCUGGGCAAAGACCCCCCAUUCUCUCCAGGGAGGGGGGUCUCCCCUUCCUCCUUGGCGGGGGGGGGGGGGUCCCCGAAUCCCGGGCCGGAUUCGGCCCCACGAGCGGGGGCGGGGGGGAGGGGGGGAGGGAGCGCUGCUGUCCAGAGACAUUUUUUGCUCCAUCGUUUUUUGCAUGAGCUUGGUGGCCCGGGCACCCGGUCCUGGGGCCGAGGGUCAGCCCCACCACUCCGGCACGCUUCUUUUUAAACAGAAACUCCUCAUAUUUGUAUUUUUA